AGAGACGGGAGGAGAGCUGGCUCUUGCAUUCCUGCAGGGAGAAAAAAUAGGUGAGUUGCCAAGGAGUCUUUGAACAAUGGGAAAAUGGAGUCCCCAGGAAUGCUGGAAGUUGCUGACUGGAAGGGAGCCCACGGUAGAAAAUGUGAGGGGGGGAGUGUAACUCAAGGUCUUUCUCUCCCCCCACCCCCCAAAAAGCAAAAAUUACUUAAGCGCAAGGCACCAGUGUCUUUUAUCAUUCCUCCUCCGCGUUGCCAGCUAGCAAGAACCAACCACCUGUCCCUGUGGAUAUAUUUAUAUAAAACCAUUAUUAAAUUUUAUAACCACCUGUCCCUGUUACUGUUUGGCAUUUGAAGAUUAAACGUGAUUGCCUUGUCCUGUAUAAUGCAAGCGAUUGCUGUUAAAGGGGCAGCUAGGCAGACUGGUCCAGAAGCUGGCCAAGCUGUGUUUACAGUCUGAAUUGCAAGCAGCGGCAGGAGGGCAAGUCUUUUAAGGCGGUUGUGGGAAACCUGCGGCUGUCCAGAGUUUUUCUUGGGCUCCUUUCAUCCCUAGCCAGCACAGGAGACGGUGUCAGGCAUGGCUGGUAGGCAUUUGGAGUAUAAGAAUAGCCAGAGGGUCACUUUUUCCUUCCGUGUCCCAUUAAGAAAAUAAGAAGAGCUUGCUGGAUGAGGCCAGUGGCCUAUCUGGUCCUGCAUCCUGUUCUCACACCGGGUGACCUGAUGCAUUUGUGGGGAAACUGGCAAGUAGGAGCCGAGAACAAGCCUAUGCUUCCGUCCUGUGGCUUCCAGCAACUGGAAUUUGUGAGAAAUGAUAAUGUUGCUUUUUCACAGAAGCCACAAUGCUGCAACUACAGAUAGCCCAGACUUGCUCACACUCAUCGUUAGAACAGCUUAUGGUUAGGAUUAGGGGCGUAGGAAGAGGGGGCGGUGGUGGUGGUCCGCCCCGGGUGUCAUCCGGGGUGUGUGACAAAAUCCCCCCUGGGCGGAUCACCGCUGCGCCAAUCGGCCAAUUGGCCCCCCAGGCAGAUCGCCCCACCCCUGGGUGCACGGCACGUGUGCCGCUCUGGGUGCCCGAACGGCUAGCUCCGCCGCUGGUUAGGAUGCUUGUAAAUAAGGCAGCUUGUGGCUGGAAUAUGGUUUAUUUGUAGGCUUCAGCAGGUAUAGAACUCGCUCACACCUGUAACUGGGACAACUAGUGGUCAGGAUGUGGCUCCGUCGCUUGUGUCAAUGGGUAAACGCAUAGGAAUCAGGUAAAUAUGGGGGGUGGGUGUCGAGAUCAAGAGUACAGUGGUACCUCGGGUUAAGAACUUAAUUCGUUCUGGAGGCCUGUUCUUAACCUGAAACUGUUCUUAACCUGAGGUACCACUUUAGCUAAUGGGGCCUGCCGCUGCCACUGCACUGUGCCGUGCGAUGUUUGUUCUCAUCCUGAAGCAAAGUUCUUAACCCGAGGUACUAUGUCUGGGUUAGCGGAGUCUGUAACCUGAAGCAUCUGUAACCUGAGGUACCACUGUUGUGGGAGAUUUAAACAUGGGUGGGAAUGUUAGUAGGGUAAUUAGGCAGUCGGGAUAGACUGUAAACCUUGUAGUACCUGUGAGAUUUUGAUCAGCUCCUGCCCAUCUGGAGUUGAUACAGGCUCGUCUUAUCUUGAGCCCAAGCAGAGCGUAGUCACGCAGCAAAAGGAUAAGCAGGUAAUGUGCUACAUGAUGAAGUUUAUUUACAGGUUAUGCUGAGAGCAUACAAACAUACAUCCUGCCUCUGUGAGAGCAGAGAAGCAACUCCCGUCUCUAACAAAGAAAUCGAGAGAACACUGAAAAACAGGAAACCAGUGUACGUCACAUCCAGUCUCCCAUUCCCGUGGGAACCCAAGAGUAACUCUGACUGUGGAAUGCAAAACAAUGUCUUGUGACAUGCAUUCGCUGCUCAGUGAGGAAGCAGAAACCAACAGUACCCAGCCAAUGGGGAGACUGUUAGAAUUCCUGCUCCAUGAUUGCAGUCAGGGGAUUGUUGUCUUUCACAUGACGGUAUAUGUUUUGACUGUAACAAAAUCCCCCCGGGCAGAUCGCCGCCACGCCAUUCGGCCCCCCGGCUGGAUCGCCCCACCCCCAGGUGCACAGCAUGUGCGCCGCUCUGGGUGUCCAAGAGGCUAGCUCUGCCGCUGGUUAGGAUGCUUGUAAAUAAGGCAGCUUGUGGCUGGAAUAUGGUUUAUUCGUAGGCUUCAGCAGGUACAGUAUAGAAAUCGCUCACACCUGUAACUGGGACAACUAGUGGUCAGGAUGUGGCUCUGUCGCUUGCAUCAAUAGGUAAAUGCAUAGGAAUCAGGUUAAAUAUGGGGGGUGGGCGUCGAGAUCAAUGGUAAUGGGAGAUUUAAACAUGGUCAUUGGUAGGGUCAUUAGGCAGUCGUGAUAGGCUGUAAAACUUGUAGUACCCAGCCAGUGGGGAGACAAGGGAGGGAACCUGCGCUUUGGGUAUAGGGAAUAUAAGCUAAUGAUUUGCCAAAACCAGGUGUGCCUACUUUGGACCCCCGCCCUUGCAAGAACGUUUUGUAAUCAAUAAAUCUUCGCUGCUUCACCAAUUUUGUUCAGAUAUUAAUUUGAGGGUCUCAAGACCCACUUCUAACAGUAUUCAGAAGCAUUUGCAGCCCUCAACGGUGGAGGCAGAGAAGAGCUAUCCUGGCUAGCAGGUAUUAGUGCUGGGUGAUAACUGGCUUUCAAUAUUGUGAUAUGUUGUUGUUUAGUCAUUUAGUCGUGUCCGAUCAGCCUUCUUUAUGGUCCAGCUCUCACUUCCAUACAUCACUACUGGGAAAACCAUAGCUUUAACUAUACGGACCUUUGUUGGCAAGGUGAUGUCUCUGCUUUUUAAGAUGCUGUCUAGGUUUGUCAUUGCUUUCCUCCCAAGAAGCAGGCGUCUUUUAAUUUCGUGACUGCUGUCACCAUCUGCAGUGAUCAUGGAGCCCAAGAAAGUAAAAUCUCUCACUGCCUCCAUUUCUUCCCCUUCUAUUUGCCAGGAGGUGAUGGAACCAGUGGCCAUGAUCUUCACUGGCUAAACAUUGUGAUAUUGCAAUGUCUGAAAUAAGGAUGGAGAUAUGUAGAGGCAUUGGCCGGCUUCACGGUUUCCCCAUGUUGUGAUCUUUGCAUAGCACACGAGCACACACAUCGUGAUUCACAAUAUAUUGCCAGGUCAAAAAUUAUGAAACCAAAACCACAAUAAGGGCUUCAAACUGGUUUUAGACAAUAUAUCAUUAUACAGUCGUACCUUGGUUCUCGAACAGAAUCCAUUCCGGAAGUCUGUUUGACUUCUGAAAAUGUUCGAAAACCAAAGCAUGGCUUCUGAUUGGCUGCAGGAGUUCCUGCACUCAAUUGGAAUAUGCAUAAGCAGUUCAGGUUCCAAAUAACUUUCUUUGGAACUUUCAGGUUCCAAAGAACAUUUGCAAACCGGAACACUCACUUCCAGGUUUGCAGUGUUUGGGAGCCAAAUCAUUUGCGUACCAAGGUACAACUGUAUCACCUGGCCCUGGUAGACAUUGAUAGCACAGAUAGUGCCAUAUAAUCUCAUUAGUAAUGCUGUCUUCUGUCUUGCCACUCACCUGGUGACAGCACUGCGUAUAAGAUCAUAGAGGAGACGUCCCUGCCCUGCUCCUUUCCCCCACCCUGAUGAAGGAGAUUGUGAGCUUGUGUGCUUUCCCCAAAGGGUCCAGGGCAAAGUUUCCUUGAGGCCUACAACCUGUGGGAACGGGCAGACCUCAGGGAUGAGUCUACAGGAACAUACACGGAAAACCCACGCUGGAGAAGAGGAUGGUCUCUUUGACCCUGCAGCGCUUAAAAACGAGGGCAAGCUCUUGAACUUUGGCCAAAUGGAAGAGGAGCAAGGUAAGAGAAAUCCCACAGUUGCCACUUAAAUUUAGGGAACCGAUGGUUUUCAAACCUUUGGCCCUUCAGGAAGUAUUUAUUGCAUCUUCUUAAUAGUUGCAGUUCUUGUGACAUUUAUUUCACCUAAAGGUUUCCAGGCACUGUCCAAGGAUUAAGCAAUCAUAUAGGGCAGGGUUUCUCAAACUUGGGUCUACAGCUCGUUUUGGACUACAGUUCCCAUCAUCCCUGUCCACUGGUCCAGCUGACUAAGGGUGAUGGGAGUUGUAGUUCAAAAACAGCUAGAGACCCAAGUCUGGGAAGCCCUGGGUUAGAGUGUUGGAGAACGAAGGUUCAAAUCCCUACUCAGCCGUAAAGCUGGGCCAGUCACUUACGCUCAGCCUCACCUGCCUCACAGGGUUGUGAGGGAUAAAAUGGGUGAGGAGGAGAACUAUGUUUGUCACCUUGCGCUCGUUGGAGGAAAUGUAAUAAAUAAAUCAGUGUGGUUAUCCCCAUUUUACAGAUCUGGGGCAUGGAUUUGUGACAGAGGCAAAGUCUGAACCGGGGUUCCCUGAAUUACAAACAUAGUCCCUUAGUUACUAUGCUGUAAUCUUGUUUUUCUCUGACUUGUGAGCAGCCAUGGAGCCAAAUGUCCUGUAAGUCUUUAAACUUGGCUAGCGCAUCCUGGUGUCAGAUGUGGCUCCACUUCUCUCAUUUAUUUACAUGAUUGAUAUGGCACCCUUUGCACAAGGCGGCUAACAGGCAGGGGUGUAACUAGCUGCUCUGGCACCUGGAGUGGCGGGUCAAUCUGCCCACGGGGGUGCCGCGGCGAUCUGUGCAGUGGGGGGGGCACUGUGCUGAGCUGCCCAUGGAGUCCACCUGGCAGACACAAGCCGCAUGCUGCCAUUUCAGGCAGCGCAGGGCCCCAAGCCACCCUGUCACUCCCAGGAGAGCCAUGUGGCUCGGGCAUGCUGCAGGCCCUGUGGUGAGUUUCACCCACUAUUUUGUCACCCCCCUCAGUGGGGACACCUGGGGCGGACCGCACCUAUCGCACCCCCCUUUCUACGCCCCUGCUAACAGGAAAAGCAAGUGAAUAAGAGCUCAUAAAAUCCAUAAAAAGCAAGUCCAUUAAAAAAACAGACACUAGAACAAAUCACUGAAUAAUUAUUACUAAUUGUAGCAGCAGCAGAUAAAUCAGCCGUAGCUGAGUUAGGACACUCAUGAACCAAUGAACUAGGCAACAAAGAGUGCGAAAGUUGGGCUGCAUAUACACCAUGCAUUUAAAGCAUAUAGGCUCCCACCAAAGAAUCCUGGGAACCUUAGUCUACCCCUCUCAGGGCUACAAUUCCCAGCACCCAUAACAAACUACAGCUCCCAGGGGUAAGUAAUGUGCAUUAAAUGCAUGGUGUGUACACAGCUUUAAGUCCAUAGCUAGCAGAGUCUUCUUGCUUUGUCUGAGUGCUGAUUUCGGAGCUUUUAUAGGGACCACCAGGAAACACCUGAGCAUCUCUGGCCUAUUGGUGUACAGAGGAUAAUCUGGCUGGUGCGUUUCUCCUCUCUGAGCUAGAGCUGCGGGGUGGUGCACAGGCUAAGUCCCUGCCUGGCAUCUGUUGAAACAUAAGCCUGUAGCUGGUCUUGAAAGAACAACUCCCUUUCUCAGGAAAUCCCUUCAAUUCUUCAGGGUUUGUCUGUUUUAAAUCAAUGUGCCCCCUAGUGGCAAAACAGCUGCAUAGCUAGGGAAACGACUUCCUUAUCUAUAUUUAAUUGCACUUUUAUCCAGCUUUUCAGCCGGAAAUCUAACAGCAUUGAAACCCAUUGCAAAUAGCAAUUAUAAUAGCGUGGAAAGAAAAUAUGCUGUUCAGAGCGGGUUCUUAACGGACAUGAACCAGACAUUAUUUAUUUAUUGCAUAUCCCACCUUUCCCUCCAAGCUUAAGGUGGUUCUCCCUUUCUUCAGUUAAUCCCCAUGACAACCCCGUGAGGCAGAGCUUAGGCUGAGAGAGGCAGAGUCUGAGCCAGGGUCACCCAGUGAGCUUCAUGGCCAAGUAAGGAUUUAAACCCUGGUCUCCAGGGUCCUAGUCUAACACUAUAACCACUAACACUAACACCACACAGGCUCUUCAGACCUGCUGCUUCCCAGCCUUCUGAUGGUCUCAUGGUGGCAAUUGGUAGCUCCAUGGCUAGAGCUCACAGAGAAGGGUCUCUGAUACAGGCUGGUUCAUAUUGGGAGGGGUUUAUGGCUUUAUAGUUCAAAACCAGCACUUUGAAUUGAACCCAGAAACUAUUGGAAAGCUAGUCGGGCCAGAAUCUGUGCAAUACGUUCAGUCCUUCAGGUCCCUGUCAUUAAUCUGGCUGCACUAGCUGUAGUUUCCAAACUGUCUUUAUUUUUCAAAUUAUUUUUUAUUUUUUAUUCGUUUUCCAGAGUAUUACAAAUCAAAUUUCUUUAAUUUAAUACAAUUUCUUAAAAUAUCAGGUUUCCCGCUCCUUUGCAAACAUAUGUCAAUCAUUUCCUCCUGUAUCCGCAUCAUCUUUUAUUUAGUGUCCAAUUGAUCCUUCACUUCACGUUGUUAGUUCAUUCUUGUAGCUGAUGACUCCACCCCCCCUUAAAAAACAGCACCUCUGUUACAUCGUAUAAUUAUAAAAUCCAUUUCACGUGUGUAGUCCUUCAUAUGCAUUUUUGUUUCAGACCCAGUGUGCUGGGAGAGUUCAUUACUAUCUUCCAUUGUUCAGUCUUUGCAGUACUUGUCUGGAUAUUACCAGGUCACAUUCCAUUCCUUCUGCUGAUCACCAACUAGCAUACUGGUUGCGACCACAAAUAACUCACAAACUGUCUUUAAAAGCAGCCCCACAUAGAACACACUGGAGUAAUCUAACCUAGACCAGUGGCUAGACUGUAUACAAAGUGUGUUCACUUUGUAGUCUCUUUCUUCUCCCGUCAGGUGAGGGGAGCACAACUGAGAGUAUAGAUCAUCCACGGCAAGCCUCUGAACAAGGGGAACUCUGUGCAGCCGAGAAAAUCCCUGAAGAGAAUGUUUCCGAAACUCCAGAAGCUGUUGAAAGUCCCCAAGGACCGUGGAGGCAACAGGAAAACUGUUUGGAGAAGAGCAGAGGUAAAUCUUGGCAAAAUGAGAUCGGAGACCACGAGGGAAGCUGUGAAGGUCAGGGUCAAGAGACACUGACUGAAUUGGGGAACAGCUCAGGCAGAACCCAAGAAGAGAAGAUAUACCAGUGCUUAUACUGUGGGAAAUCCUUCAACGCACACUUCAAACUUGUUAGACAUCACAGAAUCCACACGGGAGAGAAACCAUACAAGUGCUUGGAUUGCGGCAAGAGUUUUGAUCAGAAAGGAAACCUUAUUGCUCACGCGAGGAUCCACACAGGAGAAAAGCCGUAUGUAUGCUCCGAUUGUGGGAAAAGCUUCAGCCACAAAGGCAGUCUUGUUUUGCAUGUGAGAAUCCACACUGGGGAGAAACCCUACAAAUGCCCUGAUUGCGGGAAAUGCUUCAGCCGUUUAGGGUCCCUGAAAGAGCACAAGAAGACUCACACAGGAGAAAGACCAUAUGCCUGCUUAGACUGUGGGAGGAGCUUCAGAAAAAUAUCUGAGCUCACAACCCACCACAGGUUCCAUACAGGAGAGAAGCCGUACAAAUGCUUGGGCUGUGAGAGAUCCUUCAGCACAAGCUCCAAUCUCAUUGCCCAUCAGAGGACCCACACAGGAGAGAAACCUUAUAAAUGCUCAGAUUGCGGGAAAAGGUUCAGCCAGGCUGGGAACCUUAAAGAACACGAGAGAACCCACACUGGAGAGAAGCCAUAUAAAUGCCCAAACUGUGGGAAAAGCUUCAGGCAAAUAUCUUACUUUAUUAAGCACCACCAAACCCACCUUGCAGAUGAAGGGAUGCAUGUGGAAGAGAAACCAUAUAAAUGCUCUGAUUGUGGGAAAGGUUUUGGUGAGAAAGCGAGCCUCAGCAGACACCAGAGAAUCCACACUGGAGAGAAGCCCUUUAAAUGCUCAGACUGUGGGAAAAGCUUCUGCCUGAAAUCGAAUCUUGUUGUCCACUUGAGAAUCCACACCGGUGAGAAGCCAUAUAAAUGCUCUGAGUGUGGGAAGAGCUUCAACCAGACGUCAAGUCUUCAUAAUCACGAGAGAACCCACAAAGGGGAGGAACCAUAUAAAUGUUUAGAGUGUGGGAAAAGCUUCAACAGACCUUCGCAACUUAAGGGACAUGAGAGAAUCCACACUGGAGAGAAACCAUACCGGUGUUCACUGUGUGGGAAAGGCUUUAUUUACAACCACCACCUUGUGAGACACCAGAGAAAUCACUCAGGAGAGAAACCGUAUACAGUAAAUGCCCAGGUUGUGGGAAAGAAUUCAGCCUCAGAUCGACCCUUAUUAAACAUCAAAGAAUCCACAUGGAAGGGACACAAUUAAAAAAUACAUAAGGUGGGCUUUGAGCCUACUAAACAGUUGAGAAUCCAUUAAGGUGUCGGAAAUCCCAUUCACAGCAGGCCUUGAAAGUAGGCCUGAGGGGGAUCAGGUUGGGAAUGUUCAACCUGUAUGGCAACAUUGCACUCUGGUCAAAGGACUGGACCAGAAGGGCAUUUACUCGGAUGACACUUCUUAUGCUCUUAAUAAAUUGGUCAGAUAGACAAAGGUAGGCCGGGGCAAGCCUUUAAUUCUGUGGUGCAUGAAGAUAUUUUAAUUAUUUUAAGGUUUUUUGUUUGGCUCUUUGAACA